ACAGGUGUCAAAGUUAACACAUUUGACUUAUUUGUAAGGAUUAAUUAUUACAAGAUACGGAAUUACUCCACGUCGAUCUUAACUCAAGAAGAACCACCUGUUACAAAACAUUUAACAAACCAGUCAGCCAGAGACUGGAGUACUUCCGGGGGAAGGACACAACAGUUACAUUGCGUGACCUUAUCAUUUAAUACUUUGCAUGCUUGAGUAACUUCGUCGAUGUAUGGACCCGAUGAUCAGCGACUUGUUGAUACACUUUCAGAUCUUAAUAUUACCCUGAACAAGAUGGAUCAAGCUUCUAAUAACAUUGCGGUGACAGAGAGUGCAGUAAACCUGACAGAAAAUGAAGACGAAAGGUGACUUCAGCUUAGCAAUUUGCACUUUGGUCUGAAAUUUAUCAGUGGUGCUGAUAAUGGAAUUCAAACGGAAUUAAACGUCGCGUCUGAUUUCUACAAUCCAGCUUUUAUGAUGCUGUCGCAUGAUCAUCGCAAUACAUAAGAUCUGUUAUUUCAAUUGAAUGAAAUUUUUUGAAGAGUGUGUUGUUUUCAUCUGUAGGCCUUGUAACGAUCACAGAGAACAACUUUGUGAAAUUCUUCACAGCAGAAGGGCUCAAUAUGUCAUCAUAACAUUGGUUGUCGUGGAUAUGAUCAUUGUUAUUGCGGAAUUACUCAUUGACUUGAAAGCAGUUGAAGGUAGGCACUUAUCAAUCGACGAUGGUGUUUUCAUCUGUUUUGAUUUUUAUUUAAUGCCUUGGUAGAAAAAAAAUAGCUUUUUAAAACAUCGAUUGAAUUGUUACCACAGUGCUUUGUUUGGGUGAGAAGACUUCCGCUUACUUGUGACAGUUGUUUAGCGAUCGAGUAGUGUAAAAUUACAGGAAAAAGUGAAGUGCUUUCUUUUAACAGUUAACCCUUUCACUCCUAGGAGUGACCAAACACAUAUUUCUUUUCACAAGAUCAAUUCAUUUUCAAGAUCAAGAUCAAGCAUUUUCACCGAUCUGUGUCAAUCACAAUUUUGCUUGCUAACCAUAGAAUACACCUUGUGCCUUUGCUGUUAGUGUUAAUGUGUUUAUGUAAGUGCAGUCAAACCUGUAUUAAGCUGCACAGUAUUAACCCUUUAACUCCCAUGAGUGACUGAGACAGAAUUUCUCCUUACUAUAUCUAUACAAUAUCAUGCAGACAAGUGAUGAGAAUAAAGAAAAUUAUCAAUCAUAGGAGUACUAAAUGAUCUAAUAACAAAUUCUCCAAACUAACAUAAUAAGAAUCAUUUGGUAGACAGUAAGGAGAAAUUACUUGUGAGAUCAUGGGAGUAAAAGUGUUGAGCAGUCACCCUGUAUCAAGUGGUCAGUCGUCCCCCAAUUAGGAGGUCACAACAGUCUAUUUGUUUUGUCUUCCACUUGAAUAGAAUAUUCAUUUAAAAUGGAACCACUGAUAAAAUAAAAUUAGGAACAAUUUCCAUUAUAUAGUUUAUUCCAUUUUAUGUCAUGGAAUCAGUGUUAGUACUUUGAGUUCAAAUACCCUCAACAUAUGCAGAUUGUUUUUCUUCUUUGAACUAUUAGGACAAAUAUUACACAUAAACAUCAUGCAAGUCAACCUGUAUUACACAGUCACCUUACCAUUCCUCAUGGGUGACCGCUUAUUACAGAUUCAACUGUUUUGUUAAAUAAAUGAAUAUUUAUGUUGUUGACCCAUACACGGAAUAUUACUUUUUGUUACAGUUCACCAUGAGAGUCAUGCACCACAUAUCCUGCAUUACACCAGUAUUGCCAUCCUUUCAAUCUUCAUGAUUGAGGUAUUAUUAAGAUUAUUAAACUACUCAUAACCUCAGUGUUCUUUAAUGCUCUGCAUAUGUUUUCUUUAACAUCACCCUUUAGCUGAUGAAUUGGUCUGUUCUUAAUGCUUGUUUGCAGGAUAAGGAUUUCACAUCAGGAGGAGAAGUCAGAUAUAAAUCACUUCUGAGAGUUAGAGGAUUAAAAUAAUUAAUUUUGAUACACAAAAAUUUAUGACGUAAAAAUGAUUGAUUGUAAGUUCUUUCUUCUUUUUCUCUGUUUAGUUGUUUGUAAAGAUCUAUGCUAUGGGACUCACAUUUUUCAAACACAAAAUGGAGGUUUGUGCAUUUACAUUCAUUGGAAACCUGUAUGUAUCAAACAGGCAAUUGAAAAAUUGUUGCUUGUGCCUGCUUGAUGCAUGGUUUCCACUUGAUAGAGGCUUAAAUGGCUUAAUAAAUUUUGCCAAUCAAGAAAGGGGUCAUAAUUAACUGGUGGAUGGUGCUUUAUUACUUGCAUAAAUUUUAUAUACCCUUCCCUUCCCCCGUUGAUCCUGCAUUAGAUUAGUGAUCGGCCCCCAUUUUUGCACCAGCCUUGCUGCUCCCUCAAAAGGAAAAUUUUGUCCAGUCCAUAAUAAUCAUUUGUCAUACCCCAAUUAGAACAGAGUCAGUUUUAAGGCUCAUUGAUAAUUAACCCUUUUCCUCCCAAGAUUGGGUUGUUAAUUCUCCCCUUUUCCCUCCUGGUCACACAUACACUUAAUGAUGGUUUUUGUGGCUGCUCAGAAGGGGUAUGCAUGAAUACAAGUUCAGGUUGCAGGAAAUAUGGGGGAGAAAACUGGGAUUUAGACCAGCACUUGCUUCAUACCAGAAGUCAGUGAAAUAUGGAGUCAUUGAGAUAUAGGUUCCUCUGAAAUAGGUCUUGAUCUAAAGUAUACAAAUAGUUGAAAGUGAUGAGAAUUUAUUGAAAAUUAUAGCAAAUUUAUCAUGAUUAUUUUCUAGAUAUUUGAUGGAAUUGUAGUUACAGUAUCGUUUGCCUUGGAUAUUGCUUUCAGGUUUGUGGAUUAAGUCUAGGGCUGGUUAUUGUUUUGUUUUAAGUUUCUAGACCAAUACCAUUGUGUCGGCUGUAUUAUCAUGUGUUGUGCUGGAUUCAUGUUACGCUAAAUAACUUUGUUUUGCUUUGACACGGAUUGGAUGGAUUGAGAUAAGUUGAUGUCUGCUUAAAUCUUAUUGUUACAGUGGAAAGGAGGGAGCUGUUGAUGGAAUAGGUCUUAUUGUUCUCCUUCGGCUUUGGAGAGUCACAAGAAUUGUCAAUGGUAAUGUUUUACUUUGUAUAAAAUUAAUAAAUUGGUACAAAAGCAUCCUACAAGAAUCUGAGGGCACCCAUUGUGUUGUUCUACAUACAUGUAUAAUUAUCAAAAAUUAUCCAUUUUAUAUUAACCCAUAACAUAAGUAUGCAUAUUCUCCAUACUGUUCUCUUUAAAUUUCCUAAGGUGCUGAUACAUUAAGGUCUUGAGAAGAAAAGAAAUGAUCACAACAAAGAAAGUCUUGAUUGUUGAACAAAAUUUUCCUAGUCAGUAUAAAUGUUUCUUUUCAAGCUAGAGUUGAAUCUUAGUUCUUGGGUUGAUACACUGGCAUACUAUAGACACUAAACCUAUAAAGGGUCUUUCUUUCUUUAUUCUUUUUCCUUUUCCUUGGUGCAAUCCUAUAUUAAAAUUGUCAACUGAAAUUAUUACAUGAAGAAAUAACCAAUGAAAGUAUUGAGCAAUCAUAGCCUCAAAAAUAAUCUCAACUUUGGAAACAAGCUUGUUGCAAUUAAAGAAACCAAAAAGAAGGUAAAGACUACUGAUAAGUUUCAUUUUUAAUCACACCUAGGUAACUUAAUUGAAAAGUAAGUUGCUGCUUAUAGCAAUGUUGGCGGGUCUUGAUUACUUAAUUGAAAAUUAAAGUCUGAACUUGUCUUCCACUCCAGAAAUGAUCUUGAUGAUCUUAUCCUGAAUUGAAACGCUAAUUAUAAUUUAUUAUCUAAAAAGUACUUAUCACAGUGGCGUCAAUCUAAUCAGAAAAUAUUUUGCAGCUUUUGUUGGCAGCAGUAACAUUUAGAUUUCAUGGAAACAGUUACAGUCAGCGCUUUAGGAAAUAAAUGGAGAAUGUGCAUACUGAUGUUAGGGUGUAAAGUGUUUAAACAAAUCCACAUGUUCAAAGCAGGGCUCUUAAAGUUUUGUUUGUCAGUCAGUCCCAAGAAUGUUAUACAGUCAUGUAACAUUGAGUGGGGAAAUUUCAACAGGUAUAGUUUUGUCUGUGCAAAUACAAGCAGACAGGAAGAUUGAAGUCUUGGAGAAGGAAAACAGUGAGCUAAAAGAAGAACUUGAACAGCUGAAAUCCAAGUGUGAACAGUUAGAGGUAUUGGUAAAAAUAAUUUUAAAUGAAAACAUUAUCUGA